CUCUCUCUCUCUCUCGUUUUCCAGUCGCUUGUCAGCUCAGGCGAACAACGGAACCCGUUAGACCGUAAAUUGUUUGACGGUUUUAAGUUUAAACUUUUUGAUAGCGUAGUUUGGAAGGAGUUUAGUCCAAUAAUAACGCUCCGUGUCCACAUUUAGGACUCUGAACUCGCGCACUGUCUCUUUAAGAGUAGCCCACCGACCUCCUGUUGAUCCGACAGUAUUUCCCCAUUCUUUACUGUUCUUCUGUAUCUCCUGCCAGUCUCUCUGCGCUUUACUUCAUUCAUAACGGUUUAUUUAUUUAUUUAUUCACUUUGGAAACUUGAAGCUCAAACAUGGCAGAGGUAGGGAAAGGAGUCAACGCCGGGAAACUGGCCAGUAAUGUACAGAAGAGGAUAACCCGAGCACAAGAGAAGGUGUUGCAGAAGUUGGGAAAGGCGGAUGAAACAAAAGACACAGCAUUUGAGGAGGAAGUGGCCAAAUUCAACAAGCAGCUGGCUGAUGGCACCAAAUUGCAGAAAGACUUGAAGGCAUAUAUGGCGGCAGUGAAAACCAUGCACGAUUGUUCGAAGCAUCUGCAGGACUGUCUGGCAGAAAUGUAUGACCCUGAGUGGUUUGGCAAAGAGGAGGUGGACUCCAUCGCAGAGGAGAUGAUAGAGAAAGAAAUGGAUAAUAAUCUGGAGGACACUGACCUCCUGUGGCAAGAUUUCCACCAGAAGCUUGUGGACGAUGCCCUCAUUUCCAUGGACACAUAUUUGGCUCAAUUUCCAGACAUAAAGACUCGCAUCGCUAAGCGCGAAAGGAAGCUGGUAGAUUUUGACAGUGCCAGACAUCAUUUUGCCUCUAUACAGAAAAGCAAGAAAAAGGAUGAGGCCAAAAUUGCCAAGCCUCUGGCUCUGGUGGAGAAGGCUGCUCCCGGCUGGGCUCAGGGAAUAAUCACAGCACACCAAAUCGCUCAAACUAACCUCUCGAGAAGCCAGGCUGAGGAAGAGUUGGGCAGAGCUCAGAAGGUAUUUGAGGAGAUCAAUUAUGAUCUCCAGGAGGAACUUCCCACCCUGUGGGACAGUCGUGUUGGCUUGUAUGUUAACACAUUCCAGAGCGUUGCCGGCCUGGAGGAAAAAUUUCACAGGGACAUGGGCAAACUCAACCAGAAUCUGAGUGAUAUUAUGACCAAACUGGAUGAGCAGCGUCUAACCAAAAAAAGUGUCACGACAGCAAGCACUGGGAAGAGUGAAGAAGCAGCCAAUCACAACCUCUCAGAGUCUGGGUCAGACGCCCCUAAAUCACCAGCAAAGUCGCGAUUAGAAAUUCGAUUAAGUGUGCAGCCCUGCUUCAUUUAUUCCCUUUUUCUUGCUAAUUAUUUGCGCCUUUUGCCAUAUUGCCUGGCCUUUUCUCCCACCAUCUAUUUUACCUCCCAAAAUCCAACAAACAAUCCUGGCGACCCUUCCUCCCCAUCCCAGCCUGAUCAGACCCCUGCUGCAGACCCCUCCCAGCAGUGGGAAUCGGAUGAAGAAGCUGCCACUCAGAUUUACGGCCAGCAGCCGUAUGAGGCUCCUCAGUGGGAGGAUGAGGUCGCUCCAGCCGUACAGCCGUAUGAAGCUCCCUGCUGGGAUGAGCAGGAAAGCGUGUCUGCGCAGUCAGGCUGGAGCAGUGAAACAGCUGCUCCUGCACAGCCAGACUGGGACGACGAUGGUGCAGUGCACUGGGGCGAGGAAGGGUCCCAGGUAGGGCAAAUGCAAGACACAGAUACAAACUGGGGCAGUGGUGCGGCUCAGGCUUGGGAGGCGGAGUCAGAGCCGCCUCAGUGGGAGGAGCUUCAAAGUAAUGAAGCACCAACAGUGACAAAUGGCUCAUCAGAUGCAGAGCUUCCUCCAUCUGUUCUCUAUAAGGUGAGAUGCACUGAAAACCCAUGAUCCCAUAGGUUUA